AUGACGACAGACGACAAAGGGACAAAAAAAACAUUCUUGAACAAGCUGUUCAAAAGGAGGAAGGUUAACGGUAAAUUGAAGAAGGAUGAGAGGAGAAACAUCUCGUUUUCUAUCGCUAACAAUGGCAAUGGAUCGAUUGCAAAACGAAAAAUAAACGGCGAACGCCCGCGAACUUCGGGCAAUCAACUGGAGCUGCCGGAAAUCAUAUCAAUACGAAGUAACAGCCUAUUUGAUAGCGAAGAGGAGGGCGAGGAAAAGCAGGAAUCGCAUGAUGCAGAACGAGGCUCGCGAAAUCUGCUCUAUGCGCCGAAUAGGGCGUUACGAAAUUCUUCCAAGAUUACAGGAACAAGCAGCAGUAGUCCAGCCAAGACUAAUGAUCUAAAACCCAUCAAGACAGACUAUCUUAAGGUCUCGGACAAUAGACCGGCAAUGAAGCAUGAGACCGGCAGUAGCGCUGAAUACGAUGAAGAGCUAGAGCAUCCCAGUACCAUACUGGGGACGCUGGCAGCGUUUGCACGCAAUGCCACAGCUCGUAUGCCAAAAAUUAAUGUGCGAGACGUUGAUGAAGCUGCAAGCCCCAUAUCACCUUACAGCCCGCUAACAAGCGCACAGGGCCAUCGGGAGUCCGAAAAUAAUGAUCAGGCAGUUCCACAUUCUAAUGAUAAAGGAUACGAUACCUUUCUAGGCAAAAACGAUGAUACUUUAGACGAAACAAACCUAAAUCACACCGUUGUACAUCACCAAGACUCAAAUGACCACAGAAGCGACUCAUUUUUGCGAAACCUUGAUUUUCUGCUUUCCUCUCCAUCGCCACUGGAUAAUCAUUUAAGCAUCAAAAGCCCUAUGGACCUGACGAAGAGUUAUAGCCGUAAUGAUUCUCGUUCCACAUCUUUGAUGGGCAAGAAUGAGAGUAUGUUCUCAAUGAAUGGAGCCAACAAAGUGAAAUUCGAGCCUCUAACGACAAAAUCGCCUGCAAUUUCUACGUUUGGAAAGGGUGACUUGAACCUUGAUGAAUUUGAAGACUCCCCAGAGAGUCGCCCUUCGUUACCAACCACACAGAGAGAGUCGUCAGAAAACAUGAGCAUAACCGCAAGAAGAUUAUCCACUGAUGAAAUGAAAAGACAUUCCAGUUCCAAUGCUGCGAAAUUAACCGAAGCUUCCAAAUUUUCAGCUUCUGACACAGAUGUAGCUAGAACGCGAGAGAGAAGCAAAACUUUACCGGACGCGGAGCUUGCUCGAAAUUCCGGUAUGCAAAGCUAUAAUAAUCGCAAUUCGCGAUAUUCCAAGCUUGAAGAUGAAGUGGAUAAUCUUGAUGAGAGUGAUCGAAGACCGAGAAGGAUGUCCAAGAAGUUUCUUAGCAGGAGGUCUUUCUCUCCGACAAAUAUUGGCAUGAAGGUACUUCCUGGUAUGGCACUUCGCAGUCCAGUGGUCAAGAUCCGUAAUAGCGCAGAUCACUCUAGUGUUGCAGGAGCAGCUAAUGUUUCAAACCCGAAUAAUGGUCGUCUGGAUUAUCUCACCAACGGAGAUGGAAGCAUCCGAACUAGAGCUAGCACGUCGGUCGCUCCAAUUGAAGUGUCCUCUGGUGAAGCUGACGAUUUCCAUCUGAAAGGUAUGAAGUUUGCUAAUGAAAAGAAAAACUCAGAGUUUCAUACUCUUUUCAAAGGCACAGAUGUUACGCAGGAGGAAAAACUAAUUGCUGACCAUAACUGUGCCUUGUCCCGCGAUAUUCUCUUACAGGGUAAGAUGUACAUAUCAGAUCAACACAUUUGCUUCUAUUCCAAUAUAUUGGGUUGGGUAAGCACCGUUGUCAUACCUUUUAAAGAAAUUGUCCAAAUCGAAAAGAAGACCACGGCCGGAAUAUUUCCAAACGGUAUCGUCAUUGACACUUUGCACACUAAAUACAUCUUCGCAUCUUUCAUUUCCAGAGAUGCCACUUUUGACCUCAUAACGGAUGUUUGGAACCAAAUCAUUUUGGGAACCAGCAAAAUUCGCAACGCUGGAACGCGCUCAAGCUCUUACAUUGGGGCAGAUGCAGAUUCGAACAGUUUUUAUAGCGAAAAGGACAUGACAGAUAGCGGUUUUGAAGAGGAGGAUGAAAGUGUAAUUGACAGUACGGAGCUGACUUCUAGCGAUGGCUCUGUAGAUGAAGAUUUGCACAACCGACAAAAGCCAUCGAUGGUGGCCCCAGCAGGGCCAGUAAAACAUGCGCCCACGCAGGUCGAUUACACUCCAAGUGAAGGUGAGAAGCUAAUUAGGAAAGCGACGAUCAAUGCCCCUCUCGGUAAGGUGGCCAAUAUCUUGUUUGGAGAUGACGUGUCCAUGAUAGCUUCCAUCUUGAAGGCGCAGAAGAAUUAUGAUAUCUCAGAGAUCCCCAGGAUACUCGACAGUAAGGAAAGAGAAUAUGAUUAUACAAAACCCUUGCCCGGAGGCUUCGGUCCAAGUAAGACUAAAUGUAAAAUAACCGAGAGAUUGGAAGAGUACGAUCUAGAGAAAUGUGUCAAGGCUGUGCAAAUCUCGAAAACACCUGACGUACCGUCUGGAAAUUCUUUCAGCGUAAAGACUACAUUUUUAUUAUCGUGGGCGGAAAACUCCUGUACAAACCUUGCGGUGUACGUUUCGAUUGAUUGGACCAGUAAAAGUUGGAUCAAAGGUGCGGUAGAAAAAGGCACAUUUGAUGGUGUCACUGAGAGUACCGAUAUAUUAAUCAAUGAAUUAAACAAACUAGCAAAACCAUCAUCUAGUAAGAAAGCCGGAGCACACGAUUUAGAGGUGCUUUCAAAUUUGCCUAAGAUGGGUCCGGCAGCCCACAAAGUCACAGACUAUGAUUACAAAAAGGAUAAGGACGAUGUAAUUAUCGAGCAAGACGCGGACAUUCCUGCGCCACUUGGAACGACAUUCCAGCUCUUGUUCGGCAAUGAUACGAAGUACUUUAAAAGAAUCAUAGAGAAACAGAAAAAUUUUGAUCUUUCAGAGAUUCCGAAAUUUACCAAUAACGUAAGAGAAUACUCCUAUACAAAGCCAUUAAAUGGCUCUGUGGGACCCAAGCAGGCUAAAUGUUUCAUCACGGAGAAAAUUGAGCACAUGGAUGUCGAAAAUUACAUUAUGGUCAAACAGACCAGCAAAUGCCCUGGAGUCCCAUUCGGUAACAAUUUUGUAGUUAAUACCAGGAUUUACUUAUCUUGGUCGGACCACGACACUACAAAGAUGUUUGUCGUUACAAACAUUGUAUGGAGCAGCAAAACACUGUUAAAAGGAACGAUCGAAAAAGGUUCAAUCGACGGCCAAAAGGAGUCUAUUGGUAUUAUGGUGGAUGAAUUGAAAGAAAUAAUUGCAAGUUCAGGAAGUGUAAGAAGGAAGACACGGAAGAGAGGUAAAAGUUUCAAAGGUCCCAAGGCCUCAACGGAGGCAGCUGGGAGGGACCUCACAACUGCUUCCUUACCUCAAAAGAUAUUCUCAUUCAUCUCUAGCCUCUUUGAGAACUUCAGUUUAACCUCAAUCCCUAUUAUAACGAUCAUAAUAGCACUAUUGAUUAUUGCUGCCUUCUUCGUUCGCUUUAUCUUUAUGUCACACACCGAAAGGCAGGAAGUCACAAUUUUAGGCAGCGGUAGACUUAUCAUUGAUGGCAACGAAUACAACUAUGUUCCAAGCUUUAAAACGCUCUACAAAGUUUACGAAAAUAAUGUAAGGGAAAGCAGUCGUCAAAAGAGUGCAUUGAAGGGUCACAAUCUGGUAUUAGAGGCAGAAAACGACUUGUGGGGUUGGCUGAACGAUCGAGGAGAUAUCACACCGCAGUUGAACUCUAAUGCAUACAACGAACUGUCCACGGACAUUGAAUCCAAGCUGGACACCCGUAAGCUUCUACAGCUGAGAGAAACAAUCCAAGCGACGGAGAACCAACUUAAUGACAUGAAACAACUUCUGGAAAGAAAGGGCAUCGUCUGA